AUAUUAUAAUGAGGUAUAAAAUAUUAUAUUAUACAAUUUAGGAAUAUUGUUUUUCAGGCAAGCCAGUUCAGAAUAACUGAUCAAGUAUUUUUUGAUAUUCAUAAUGAAGACAAAUUUUUGGGACGUGUUGUGAUUGGUCUGUUUGGUGACUUGGCACCAAAAGCUGUAAAGAACUUUAAAGUACUAGCAACAGAAGGUGUUCAAGGAAUGUCAUAUAAAGGAACAUCUUUUAAUCGUAUCAUCAAAAGAUUUAUGAUACAAGGGGGUGAUGUCGUAUUUGAUGACGGUACAGGGUCUGUAAGUAUAUAUGGAGAAACAUUUCCUGAUGAGAAUUUAGAUACAGAACACAGUGUAGCAGGUUUUGUGUCAAUGGCAAACAGAGGAAAGAACACUAAUGGAUGCCAAUUCCUAAUAACAACAACAGGCACUCCUUGGUUAGAUAAUCUACAUACAGUUAUAGGGAAGGUUGUAGAAGGCCAGAAUAUCAUACAUUUAGUGGAACAUACUCCAACUGAUGCAAAUGAUCGUCCCACAAAAAGGGUAUAUAUUGCUGACAGUGGUAUAGUACCCACACCCCAAGCUUUUUAUAUAUCAGAUGAUCCAUAUGAGUAA